CUGUAACGAAGAAAGAAAAUAAACAAAAUUGGAUUAAUAUUUCAUUGUAUGCGUAUAGGAAUAAUUUUAUAGACAGUAAAAAAACACUCAACGCCGGUAGCAAUUUUCAAUCCAAGACAUCAGCGAAAUUGUACAGGCCUCAGGAAAUCAUGCACACUUACAAGGAUGGUUUAAAUUAUGUUCCACUGUUGGCGGCACAAAGCACCCACAUAACCAAUGGCAAUGGAGUUUGUCUCAACUCAGCGCACCGGAGCGUUUCACCAAGGAACGGCGUCAUCUGUUACAAUGGCAACUAUGAAGGUGAUCUUAGCAUGUUCGGCAGCAAGAGAUUACAACGCCGAUUGGAACUGGUAGAAACCGAUUCGGAUACCGAGUAUAAGCGUGAAUUGGAAGCUUAUCAGCCGCCGCAGCGUAACGAUAGAAGUCAACUGGCACGAUUGGUUAUAUACUAUUGCGAUCGCGUCGUGCCGCCGUCAAGACGCAAGCUAGCCACAGCGUACACCUCUCGACUCUACAACAAUACGUAUUACCAGCGCAUGCGCGAAAUGUUGUAUGGAGCCUGCUGCUGGACGUUGUGGCUGUUGCGGUUGGUAAUCUUCUCCAUGCUGCGGCUGACCAAUUUCAGCUAUGGCUGUUGGCGUAGUUGUAUUUUGUUGCGGAAUACAGCACGUCGCCUGCUCUGGUGGAUGACAUUGGCGAAAUGUGGUGAUGUGAAACUUUUCUUUAUGAUUCUACUGGGAACGCCACUCGUGUUUGUCAUAGCUAUAGUGGGUUUCGUAUUGUCCAUUUAUUGUGCGCUACGCGAUUGUCUGAGCAGUUCAAAUUUCUUUCAGCGAUUUCGUAUGAAAUAAGCGCCAUAUUUUUGAAUAUUUUUGCAACACUCAUGCGACGCGGCAUUACACUUGGA